UCGCUAGCCAAGGCAGCCGCAACCCCAGACGACGUAAUCACCUGCGCACAACUUGUGCUCUCGUGCCUAACCCCGCUAUGCAGGAACACAGUCGCGGACGGUAAAAGAUGAGGAAGACGAUCCUGUUGUGUUUUAUCCACGGCUUCAAGGGCGGCGACGAUACGUUCGGGAGCUUCCCUUCGCACCUCAAGGCCCUCCUACAGCACGCGCUGCCCAAGACCACAAUAUUAUCCAUCACAUAUCCCAAGUUCGACACGAGAGGCGAUCUCCAUGAGUGUGUCGGGCGCUUCAAAGAAUGGCUACAGAACAAGGUCAUCGACCUCGAGGUCGCCAACUCGACGCCUUCGCCUACGGUUGAUCCCUCAGUCCACACGAUCCUUGUGGGUCACUCUAUGGGUGGCAUCGUCGCAGCCGAGACCCUCUUAAGCAUCAUCGGUGAGCAGCCGGUACCUUCGCUGCAGAAUUCACAGAUCCAAGACCGAUCCACCGGCUCACUCCCUGAGACCUCGACUCUGAUGUUCCCAUACAUACAAGGCAUCCUCGCAUUCGAUACACCGUACCUGGGUAUUGCGCCUGGCGUGGUAGCACAUGGUGCGGAGAAGCAUUGGAACACUGCGAGCUCGGCAUAUUCUGCAUACAGCAAUCUUGCCGGCGCAUUCGGUUGGGGUCAGAAGGACAAUGCUGCCGCCACUGUCGAUGCAAGCAAGAGGCUACCUGCGCCCAGCUCGACGGGUGACGCCGCCUCAGCGCCGCUUUGGCAGCGAUACGGCAAAGUGGCUAUGUUUGCCGGAGCCGCAGGUGCGAUUGCGGCGGGAGGCGCUGCGGCUUACAUGAAGCGAGAUGAGAUAUCGCAGGGCUGGCAAUGGGCGACAUCGCAUCUUGAGUUUGUAGGAUCGUUAGCGCGGCCUGAGGAGUUGAAGAAACGUUUGGCUGCUAUUGUGAAGCUCUCUGAAGAUCACAGCCUGGGAUUUGCGAAUAUUUACACCACGCUCGGCCACGCUGUCGAUGCUAAGAAGGGGGAGUCCUGGACUGGAAAGGUCGCGGGGAGGGACCGUACAUUCUGCAACAUUCCCAAGGGCGAACUGCGGAACUACUUCAUCUCUGCUGGUAACGAUAAGGUAGAGAUGGAAACACUAGCGCAUGUGGGUAUGUUCAACGCCAGGAGCAAUCCUGGCUACUACACGCUGAGCGAGGUUGCAAAAGAGCAGAUCAUUGAUUGGGUGGAGAAUGAGUGGUACCACGAGAGUGAGGGACCACUGAAUAAAGAGGACGAAGAGGAAGCAGAAUUGGUGAUGAAGCCUGACGUCGAAGAGGUGCUGGGGACUGAAGACUUGGAUGAGGAUUUCGAGCAUGUGAAGCGUGCAGCAAGUGCAGAGCUGAGUGACGAAGAGCACAGGGACGGCAAGAAACAGGAAUUGUGAUUAUUCUGAAAGGAACGCGCGACGGGUGUUCAGUGAGUUCAGUAUACCCCUUAACGAAUUCACCACCCUUUGACGAAAGACUUUUUUCCCACCGCACAAUCAUGUCUCGCAUUCAUGAGUGAUGUCGGGAGUCGACACUCACUUGCAGGCCAUCACGUCCACAGGUGUUCACCGA